AUAAGAGGUCAUUGUAAACAACAGAUAACCUGCAGCCUGUUGGACUGUAUUGAUUAAGCUUCUGCCCAAACUUAGGGCACUAUGAAAGAUGAAGAAAUCCCCUUGACGUUUGAUGACGGUCCAGAAAGAUGUUUUGAACGGGCCAUGUUAGAAAUAGAUGGAGAUAGUUCUAAUAAAAUUAACACAAAUAAAGUCGAACUCAAAAAGAUGGAUGACCCGCUUCAAAAUGGUUCAUUGGAAGCCACUAAUCCGACAGCUCCCAAAAAAGCAAGACCCAAUUCACUUGCAUUGGUUCCCUGGUCUGGAGAAAAUGCCAAAGAUUAUUUUUGUUUUCGUAAUGGUUUGAUCUCAUCAGCUAUUGAAGAAUGUAAGACUGAACUAUUAUCUGAAGAUGGUGGGGAAAUCAUAGGCUGUUGGCUCCUAACAGAAAUCAGCUUCUGGGACAGUGAGAAAGAAAGAUUAGUUAUCUUAACUGAUAAGUAUUUAUAUACCAUCAAAUAUGAUUUCAUAGCACUGAAACAGCUGGAUCAGCGAAAAACCUCAUUAGAUAUAAUUGACACAAUCAUAAUUGGAGAAUUAUCCUAUCCUGCCACAUCACUUAUUCCGCAUUUAGAUGGGUUAGCUACUGGUGUUUCAAAUAUUGUAAAAGGGUGCCUUGUAAGACCAAUCCAAGAACGUUUGGCUGGUAUGCCACCUUGUACUAAUACAAACGUUUUAAGGGGUGGAAAUUUCGAACCAAGAUCAAGGAACAUUAAUGGUGUGAGACUAAUGUGGGGUGAAGGCAUACCAGUUCCAUUUCUGAAGAAAUGGAAUCCAUUUGAAAAAGAUAUUCCAUUCACAACUUUUACAUCCCAUCCGUUGAUGUGGCAUAAAGACGAAGAAACCAAAGAAAGGCGGAUAUUUAGCGUUGAUGACUUUGUUCUUGAAUUGAAGAAGCUGUUUGAAGAAAAAAUUCAAACCCUUCAGUGUUCUUUACAGCAUAGGCCAAUUCUUCUUGAAAAUUAUAUUGGUGUUGGAGCUCUCAUACAUAACAAGAAUUCCCUCGGCUUUUUUAAAGUUAGAGGAAAAUUUAGUUUUUAAUGGUCCCAUUAUUAAUGAAAACUGUUAAAGUAUCUUUGAUUAUGAUAUUAAUUAUUCCUUAAGGUGCUUUUUAUUACGUAUUAAUAAAAAAUUAUCCAAUAACACCAAUUAAGAGGACUAAACAGCUAUUUGAAAUAGCUUGAGAAAAAAAAAAAGAGAAUCUUGGAAAUGAUUUAUAAAUAAUUGUAAAUUAUUUAAUUUUUAUCUCACAAAAUAGAUAUGCCAUUAUUUAAAUAUUUCUCCAUUAUUGUUAAUACCAAAUAACUUUCUAAUUUUUUUUUUUUUGUGAUAUAUUUUGAAGAAAAUGUGAUUAGGAAGCAACUAACAAAUGCGGAGAGAUAAUAGCUGUAUUACUUAUUUUAUAUAUGUAUUGACUUGAUAAAUGUAAAUCAUGAAUCUCAUCGAGUAGCAACAAUAUUAAAGACUAGAUCUUAGGACAAAAUAAUAGAACAUCAUUUCCAAGAAUGGGUCCAACAAAAGGUUUCAUAUAAAUAUAGCACUAUGAGAUUUUAUGUUCAGGCUAUUUUUCAUUUUCUUAAAAAGAUAUUAAUAAGCUCAUCCUCUCCUUCAGCUUUC